UUUUCUGUCCCGUUGCUCCGCCGUGUUUGCCGCUAAUCUCGCUGCGGGCUGCAGCUAGCUAACGAAGCUAUCAUGCGUCAAACGGCCAUGACAUCACAAACGGAUUCACAUUUCCAGAAACUUCCGGCUUGUCAGCGUUGAGACAGUGACUCGUGUUGUGUGUGAGCGUGUUGUUGUUGCACGUUGUGGUUUUCAGCGCGCCGUGUGCUGGACGUGACGGAGAAACAUGGACCCACGAAAAGUGGCCGAGUUAAAGGGCUUCGUGCAGCGGUGCGAGUCCAACCCUGGGAUCCUGCACCUUCCAGAGAUGAGCUUCUUCCGGACCUGGCUGCUGGGCAUGGGAGCAACGAUCCCUCCUCCACCCAAGACUGAGGAGUCAUGCCACGGUGGCUGUCCUUGUGGACCUCCCCCUGCAUCAGCUUCACCUCCUGAACCCGCUCCUCCUGCAAUGUCCGAGAGUGAGGAGAGUGAAAUAGAAAUCGACAAAGAGGGAGUGAUUGAGCCAGACACCGAUGAACCACAAGAGAUGGGAGACCUUGAAAAUGCUGAUGUCACAGAGGAGAUGAUGGACCAGGCCGAUGUGAUGAAGAUGGAGGCAAUUAAUGCUCUGGGAGAAGGUGAUCUACAGAAAGCGGUGGACCUUUUCACCGGCGCCAUCAAGCUGAAUCCCUGCUUAGCCAUCCUGUACGCCAAGAGGGCAAGUGUCUACAUCAAGAUGCAGAAACCAAAUGCAGCCAUAAGAGAUUGUAACAGAGCCAUCAGCAUCAACCCAGACUCUGCACAGCCUUACAAGUGGAGGGGGAAAGCGCACAGGCUUCUGGGGCAUUGGGAGGAGGCGGCCAGCGAUCUGGCCACAGCCUGUAAACUGGACUACGACGAGGAUGCCAGUGCGAUGCUGAAGGAGGUCCAGCCUAAGGCUAACAGGAUCAUUGAGCACAGACGCAAAUAUGAGCGCAAGAGAGAAGAAAGGGAGGUCAAGGAGAAACAAGAGCGGGUAAAGAAAGCAAGAGAGGAGCACGCACGGGCUCAGAGGGAGGAAGAAGCGCGACAGUCUGGCGGAGGAUUUUUUCCAGGUGCUGCUGGAUUCCCAGGUGGACCCCCUCCGGGCAUGGGAGGUCUUGGUGACCUCCUGAAGGAUCCUGAGCUUCUCAGUGCCAUGAAGGACCCUGAGGUGAUGGCUGCCUUCCAGGAUGUGGCGCAGAAUCCAGCCAACAUCUCCAAGUACCAGAGCAACCCCAAAAUCAUGGCACUCGUCACCAAGCUAAGUUCCAAAUUUGGAGCUUCACCACAACCAUAAACAGGAAAAUUACCAAAGGAGUGGAGAGGGGGAGGGGAGAGUGAAUACUUGGUGAAACAAUCUGGGGAGCCAAAACACUUUAUAACAAUUAUUCCACUGUGUGCAGAUCAAACAUGGGGCGCAGGGGGCAGUUUAUUUGGUGUUAUGUCCAGAAAGUGGGGCUACUUUUUUAAUGUUCUGCAUUAGCUAUUUAGCACUUAGCGAUGUCUCAACAAAGCAACCUAUUGGUUAGGAGUCAGGUCUCUGACGCCUCUCAGUUGGGACUUCAGUUAACCACAGUUUGAUAUUUCUUAAUCUGUAUCUGGAAAAGCUAACCUGGAAAGCCCUGAUUUUUGACGCUAGCGCACAAACAUUUUUACAGGCAUUUAAUACAUGGUGUAGCUAUUGUAGCUAUAGAAAAAAUUACUGUUCUUGAUUUCUGACCCUAUAGGGAAAAUGAUUCACAAUAAGAAAAUAAUAAAACCAUGGUUCCUUCA